AUGGCGCAAAUUUUGAGUUCAAUCUUCAUAUUUUUAUUCUAUGUGUUACUUUUAGUAAACAUAUCAGAACAACAACAACAGCUAAUUAAUUCAACAACGACAGCAACAUGUAAUUUUACUGCAUGUAAUUCUGAAAGAAUUGCAUGUUCAUCGAAUCUUGAUUGCGAUUGUUUUUCAUUAACAUCCAAUUCGAAUAUAGGAAUAUGUGGUUCAACUAUUUUCUCAUGUGCAAGUGUUGUACGAUGUAAUAUGGAUAAUGUAACUUGUUCAAUCGCGAGUACAAUCUGUGUGAAUAGUACACGAUGUGGUCAACCAAUAUGCUAUCCAUUACCUAUGGCAAGUAAACAAAUAUGUUCACCAAAGGCUGUUACAAGUACAACAUUACAAACAACAACUACAGGAUGGUUUUCUACUGGCAAAAUGAUUAAUGCACGAUAUUAUCAUACAGCAUCUAUACUAUCAAAUGGAAAAGUAUUAGUUACUGGUGGAUACGAUAAUGGUAGUAGCUUAAACAAGGCUGAGUUGUAUGAUCUAUCGACAGGUACUUGGACAAGUACAAGUAACAUACAUAAUGCGCGUUCUUCUCACACGGCAUCAGUGUUAUCAAAUGGAAAAGUAUUAGUUACUGGUGGAUUCGGUGAGAAUAUUAUUCGUAACAGUGUUGAAUUGUAUGAUCCAUCAACAGGUGCCUGGACAACUGCCGGUAAUAUGAUUACUGCUCGAUAUGGUCACACAGCAUCUAUAUUAACUAAUGGAAAAAUAUUAGUUACUGGUGGAGCCGGUAAUAGCGGUAUUUCGAAGAGUGCUGAACUGUAUGAUCCAUCGACAGGUAUUUGGACAACUACUCGUAACAUGACUAAUGCACGAUAUGACCACAUAGCAUCUGUAUUAUCAAAUGGAAAAGUAUUAGUUACCGGUGGAGGUAAUAAUAACGGUGCUUUAAAUAGUGCUGAAUUAUAUGAUCCAUCAACAGGUGUUUGGACAACUACCGGUAACAUGAAUAAUGCACGAUAUGGUCACACAGCAUCUAUAUUAACUAAUGGAAAAAUAUUAGUUAUUGGUGGAACUGGUAAUAGCAGUGCUUUAAAUAGUACUGAGCUGUAUGACCCAUUAACAAGUGCUUGGACAAUUACUAGUAACAUGAAUAAUGCACGAGAUUGGCACACAGCAUCUGUAUUAUCGAAUGGAAGAGUAUUAGUUGCUGGUGGAGGCAAUGGUAAUGUUUUAAAUAGUGCUGAGCUGUAUGAUCCAUUAGCAAAUACUUGGACAACUACUAGUAACAUGACUAAUGCACGGUCUCAACACACGGCAUCUGUUUUAUCAAAUGGAAAAGUAUUAGCUACUGGUGGAUACAAUAGUAAUACUGGUUUUUUAAAUAGUGCAGAAUUAUAUUAA